ACACAUCGGAAUAACCUCGAAAUAGUUACAAAAAGGAAAAGUUAGAUUUCGACACGACGUUUUCGUUGCCGUCGUCGUUGCUCAAGCUCCCAAGUGACUGCUCACUCAUGGUCGUGUAAGUAACGUCGUGUAUGCAUCGAAAUAGGCAUCAUUUUUGCAAGAAGUAGUCCGAAUUUAUAACUGGUUUCAUUGAAAUAACUGUUAACGCAUAUCAGUUAGGCCUCUCUGAAUAAUCUAUUCAAUUCAUUAUGUGCGGAGAAAUAAUUAAGCUGAUCACUCGUACAAGAAACAAGACCCGAAAAACAUGACUUCUUUUACGUGUUAUUGACUUUGGUGAUAAUGCAAAUGAACCCAUGGCUGUUUUGAAUAAAUUGGAAAAUUUUCCUGUUUGGAACGCGACUUUUGAAAAAAGCCAAGGUCAAUUAUUUUGACAACUAACUUGAAAUAGCUUAUCAAGUUUUACAUAUUUUUCCGCUUGUGUUGCAGUAAUACACCCAACGAUGUGUCCAUGUGUCUUUUUUGUGACCGAAGAGUUCCGUUUCUUUGCUGUUAAAUCAGAAAUAGCGAUUGUUUUGGCGAAUGACAAAGGGAACAAUCAAACUUUUGACAUCAGCUCAAGUUUCAGCCGAUUUUUUCGCGUAGUUAAAGUAUAUUUGUAUUGACCGUUAUACGUAAACUCAACGUUUCCCAUAAAAAUCUUAAAAACAAGCUUUAAUUAAACACUGCAAUAUUAUUUGGAAAGCAGUAAUAUUUUUAAUGUGAGUCGAGGUGGCGGCUUUUUUAAAUAAAUCUGGGCAUCUUGUGCCAGACUAAAAUUUCUAGAACGGAGCUUUCACACGGUCAGACUGCUCUCAGUAUUGAUUCAAUAACCUCUUUGUAAUUAUUCUAGACCUUAUUAAUUAGACCUGUAUCUAGUAGAGAGCCAAGUGUAAGUAAACAUUUGCUCAUUUCCAAUAUUGUUAUUAUACUUUUCCAUUCCAAAAAAUAGCACGAGUGUGGUGGACUGAAAACGAAAUAUUUCCAAAGGCAUUCGAAAAAUUCUGCCAUGGUAAGCCGCUUACUUUGUUGGGUCACAGAAUUAGUCGCGUGAAUGUUAAAAAUUCGAAUCGCUCCUGUCGAUCCAGAAAAAAGUGACACAAAAAAAAAUUAUACUUCUGUCAACGUCUGGAUAGGAGAAAAAUAAUAAAUGACAAUACUAAUACUUAGAGAGAAAAGGAAGAAAAUUGAGAUAUCAUCAUUGCUGAUAAAAGGUCGAGGACACGAUUUUAAUCAUCUCAGUUUGCUAGAUUGCUCAAGACUUUAGUUUGCUCGGUCGGUUUUGGAUAUUUCCAUAUUGGCUUAGAAAACCUAACUUGUCAAUAUCUCCCGGGUAUGUUUAUUUUAAUCUUUUGUGACAAUACUUCUAUGGGCAACUGUACACAAGCUAUAUAAACAUACAGAUUAUGACCGCUAAGUGUGGGAGUUAUUAUGUUCUGUGAACCAUAAAAUGCGUUGAAUGAUGAACUAUUUUGAAAUGCGCUUUGCAUAAGAGCAAAAAAACCAUAAUAAUAUAAAACGCAGUGUUCUUUUGUAAGAAUUGUACGAGCUGACUUAUCGAAAAGACUUCAUAUGAUGAAAGACAAUAUACAGCGUCGCUUUAAUUCCCAUGUUAAGGUGCAUUGUUAUGUUGAUGAGAAGUAUUUACAUCAGAGAACGUGACAAUAAUAAGAACAGGUGAGACAUGAAAUCGCAUUAUAAUCUAUUCACUUCGAUCGGUUACAGGCCCAGACCAUGGUGUACACAGUAACUGAACCUUAGCAUAAUUUAGCGCUCUGUUAAUUUUCCGUGCGGAUGUCGUAUUGACGACGCAAGUGGUUUGAUAACCACAACACAAAAACCCAAGAUAUUAGUAUCAAGAAGCUAUAUCGAAGGUAGCGCUCAGUCUGGGUAAAUAACAGCGCACAAAAGUUUUAAGAUUUAUUUUCAUGCCGAAACACUAUGAGCAGUGUGGAAAAUCUUGUGAUGGAAUCGAUGCAGAUAAGAUACACACGUUCGACCCGAGCAUGGAGGAUUUUUGCGGUGGUAGCGUGUAUUAUGGCAGUCGUCAUGACGGCCUUGUUCCUUUGGCAGGUCUUGAAAAAUGAUGAAGAAUGUGGAAAGUGUGGAAAUGGUUAUAAAGAAGCUCCUUCGGAGAGCAGCAAACCGGAUACGUAUGGUGCAGCAUGCCCUCGAACGCCAGUUAAGCUAAUGCCCUUAUCUAAGAAACUACCGGAACAGCUUUCUAAGGGUUUGAAUAAAAUCACUGAUUACAUCAGCUCCCGCGUUAACACGAAAGCACAGCUUCCUGCAAUAUCGGCCAAUAUCUUCUACCAGGAUCGUACUCUGUGGAGUCUUCAUAAAGGAAGUAAGGUCGCAAAACGCGAAGAUAUACCUGACGAUCAAACAAUUUACCGAAUUGGUAGCGUCACGAAAGUGUUCGUAGUCCUUAUGGUAUACAAGUUUUACGAAGAAGGUCUGAUAGAUUCCCUUGACGAUCCGUUAAGCAAAUACGCUCCUGAAUUUUACAUUCAAAACCCUUUCAAUGGAGAAAACGUGACGAUAAGACAGAUAACAAGUCAAAUGGCGGGGUUACCUCGAGAGGCACCAUGUUUCUUUAUAUGCCGUAAUGAUACUUCAGAAGAGCAGUUACAACUUCUUAAGAACCGCAGUCUCAUCUUGCCCCCAGGAACCAUGCCGUCUUACAGCAACCUUGGAUACGCCUUGCUAGGGAGACUGCUGUCCGAGAAACUUCUAAAGAAUCAAACCUUUCAGACUUGGGUGAAAGAGAGCAUUCUAGAACCUUUAAAUAUGACACGCACCGGAUUUGAGAUCACAGCGAACGUGCAGGAAAACAUGGCAUUUCCUUAUUCUAAAAACGGAACAAAAAUGGCUUUCAUGAAUAUCUAUUGGGUUGCACCUGCUGGCCAAAUGUAUUCAACACUCGAGGACAUGACGAAGCUCGGCAUGAUGCUUACACAACCGUCAAAACAAACCUUAUUCCGUCCGGCAUCGCUCUGGGAAAUGAUAUCCCCCGCGGAUAUUGCUCCGGACGGGACCACUAUAUGGGGGGCUCCAUGGGAGAUGGAACUCCAGGAACACUUUGUAGUUCGGCGAAAGGGUGGAGCGAUUGACUCGUACGAAGCAUACCUCUCGGUCGUUCCUGAGUUGCAGCUGGGUAUAAAUCUGUUCAUAAGCGCAAUUCAUUUUAUCCAAGGAGGAGAAUCUAGUCGAAUGAUUCACGACAUUUAUAAAAUUCUUCUUCCAAUCAUGAACCAAACUGUAGUCGAACUGGAGAGAUCAUCAAAAUUUCCAGUGGAUCCGAAGCCUUACAUUGGAAACUAUUCCGUAAACAUUUCAGAUUUGUUAUCAAACAAGGUUACCACGCACUUAGUGGAGGUUACAGUUCAACAUGACAUACUUCAAGUGCACUUCAUCAAUUCUAAAGAGCAGAACUUUCAAAUUGUAUACAUUGGAACAGAAUUGGUGUUUCAAGCAGACUUUAAAUGGCCUUCUUCUUCGUGUUUUUACGAACGAAUGGGUAGUUAUCAGGAUUUACACUUUUUACCUUUCGACCAGAAUGGUGUUUCGCCCGGAUUCACAGUCCCUGGGCGCGCAAUGAUAGCAACUCGCAGUUCAUAAAUUCUUAGCAAAGAGACCGCUAGUUAUCAAGGAAAAAUUUAAUUUUUUUUUUCGAGCCCGUCAUUUUAGUCCGGUCUUAACUUCGUCAUCCUGAGCCAUUUUUAUCCCCGUUUGUUUUAUUAUAACUCCUAUUGUGUUUCUCUGUUUUUCGGGGGAAAUAUAUUGGGUUCUCCUUCGAGUGAGGAUUUUUCGAAGCGCAAAUAUUAGUUGUGCCUUCGAUGAUUGAAGUCUACCCUGGUAGAUGUGUGUUACCUCAUUUUAUCAUUACUAAUAUUUCUAUUAUCAUAAUUAUUAUUAUUAUCAUUUAAUAAUUUCGAUCAUUGAACAUGAUAACUAAGAUCGAAAAUAUGGAAAUACAAAAUUUGUAAACAAUAUUUACAUUAAUCAACCACUUAGUUGUGUCAGUAUGCGAAAAACGUCCUAUGUUUACAUUAUCGCAUAACACUUUCAAUUCUAGAUUGUUCUCUCCACUUUACCUCGAAAGUGCGAAGAUUGACAACUUAUUAAAGGAUUGUAAAUAACUUGAAA